AUGCUUCCUCUCUUCUUCAAAGUGCUUCCUCUCUUCAUCAAGAUGCUUCCUCUCUUCAACAAAGUACUUCCUCUCUUGAUCAAGGUGCUUCCUCUCUUCAUCAAGAUGCUUCCUCUCUUCAACAAAGUGCUUCCUCUCUUCAUCAAGAUGCUUCCUCUCUUCAACAAAGUACUUCCUCUCUUGAUCAAGGUGCUUCCUCUCUUCUUCAAAGUACUUCCUCUCUUGAUCAAGGUGCUUCCUCUCUUCAUCAAGGUGCUUCCUCUCUUCAUCAAGAUGCUUCCUCUCUUCUUCAAAGUGCUUCCUCUCUUCAUCCAAGAUUUGCUCCUCUCUUCAACAAAGGACUUCCUCUCUUGA